AUGGCAGAAACUGAUUCCACAGAAGAAGCUGCAAUGUCAGAAUCUUCAAAUCUCAUGAUGAAAGCCAGAGAUCUUCUCGCGACUCCAAACCACGAAGGAUUAGCGUUUCUCGUCGAUCAACUCUUCACGCAUCGACAAUCCGUCGAAUACCAAACAUCUCGUCGUCUCUACGAUUUCUGCGUCGCCAAUUUCUCCAAUUGCUUAACCCUAAACCUCCUCAAAGUCUAUCUUCACUCUUCCGAAGCCGUCCUCAGAUUCCGAUCGAUCGUCCUCCUCUCCGAAACCCUCACCAAAUUAAGAAACCGCGGAUUCGAACUCUCUCCCGUCGCUCUCAACGAGAUCAAACCGCUUCUGAUUUCAUGCCUGACGAUGCCGAAAGCCAGAAAAUCCGACGCGAAGAUCUUGAGAAUCAUCGUCUCCUCUGUAGCUUUCAACGUUAUGAUGCUUGGACGGAAUUGGGACGAGCUCGGCGAUUGUAUCCUCUCGCUCGCGAAUUCCGAUCCUCUCAGAGCUUUCAACGUCUUCCUCGAUUUGCCACCGGUGAACGGAGCUUUCAUCAACAGGUUUCUUCACAAACUCUUAGAGGAAGUCCUUAAGGUUUUGUAUCAUCCUGAGCUAGAUAAAGAAGAAGACUGGAUCUUAGCUUUAGAAACCGCUAUCAAAUUAGGGAUUUUGGAUUCGGAAUCGAGAAGAGAGAUUCUUGACAAUGUUCUGAAAUCAUCUAAUGCUCUUGUGAGUAUGGGAAUGGAACAGAUUCUACAAGAAGCGCUUCAACAUUUAGUCAAGUUCUUGGAGAAAGAAGCGAGCUUGUGUAAAUGGAGUAAGAACCAGUGUGGGUUUAUGGCAGAGUUUUCGUUUAGAAUCGGAGGAAUCGGAGGAAGAAAGACGAAAGAAUCUGCUAAGAAGAUCUUCCGAAUGGUUACAGAGAUGGAGAAUUACGUCCCUGAUCCAUCUCUCCUCGAAAAUCAAGAUCUUGACCGUUACUUGUACAACACUUUGACGCAGAAAUCUGCUUUGGAGAUCUUGCAAGCGUUUUCAGCAGCUGAGCUUGAUGAUAGAACAAGAGAGGUAGCUAUAAGGAGACUUCAUGAUUUACUCUGUGACCACACUUCAGGGAACGGUGAGCUAGACGUUGCGGAGAUCGAGAAUCUCCAGCCGUUGCUCAUCUCUUGCCUGCAAGAAGCAGGAAUGCCUGAGAACACGUUCAAGAUUCUUGCUCAGGUUGUGUAUCACGUUGCGGUGGAGACGUUCAGCUUCGGAGAGGACCCGUGGUUCGAUCUUUGGGACUACAUUGGAGAGAGUAAAAGAGAUUUCAAGAAAGCGGUUUAUGUCUUCCAAUGCUUGACAAUGCGGUUAAGUGGUGAUAAGGAAGAGUUUAUGAUUCGUGCUGUGAACAGUCUUGUUCCGGAGAUAAGCUCAAGGCUAAACCCACCGAGAGAGUUGUUGGUUGAUAACAGUAGCUGGGUGUUAGCGUUUAACGGUGCCUUCUGUGCAUCGAUUCGGUUGGUGAAUGUGGUGAGUCAUGGUGGGAUUGUUAAGGAGAUUGAAGAGAAGAUGGUGGAUUCGGUGAGAGAGCUUGUGGAAAGAGGAAUGGAAGUUGGGCUUGUGAGGAGAGGUUUUAGAGAUGUUGAGAGCAUUGUGGAGCAACAAUGGGAUUGGUACAAGAACUCCGAAUUCAGAUUCGUUAAGGGUUUGAUUCGGAGACUGUAUGAGAUCAAAGGCAUGAAAAUGGAAAGUAAGAUUGUGUUGUGGAGGAUCAAUGUGGUUCUUGAGAAGAGUGUUGGUGAAGAGUUUAAAAUAAGCUUUAUUGGCUAA